GGAUCCAAGUGAUGCUGCCAGUGUGAUCCAGUUUGGGAAGUCGGCUAAGCGAACACCGGAGUCCACCCAGAUUGGGCAGUACGGAAAUGGGUUAAAAUCGGGCUCAAUGCGCAUUGGGAAAGAUUUUAUCCUCUUCACCAAGAAGGAAGAUACCAUGACCUGCCUCUUCCUGUCUCGCACCUUUCAUGAGGAAGAAGGAAUUGAUGAAGUGAUAGUCCCGUUGCCUACCUGGAAUGCACAGACCCGGGAUCCUGUCACAGACAAUGUGGAGAAGUUUGCCAUCGAGACAGAGCUCAUAUACAAGUACUCUCCCUUUCGCAAUGAGGAGGAAGUGAUGGCCCAGUUCAUGAAGAUCCCUGGGGAUAGCGGAACACUGGUGAUCAUCUUCAAUCUGAAACUCAUGGAUAAUGGAGAACCAGAACUAGACAUAAUCUCAAAUCCAAGGGAUAUCCAGAUGGCAGAGACCUCUCCAGAGGGCACGAAGCCAGAGCGGCGCUCCUUCCGUGCCUACGCUGCUGUGCUCUAUAUUGAUCCCCGGAUGAGGAUCUUCAUCCACGGGCACAAAGUGCAGACCAAAAGGCUCUCCUGUUGCUUGUACAAGCCCAGGAUGUACAAGUACACAUCAAGCCGGUUCAAGACCCGUGCGGAGCAGGAGGUGAAGAAAGCAGAACACGUAGCACGGAUUGCUGAAGAGAAGGCACGGGAGGCAGAGAGCAAAGCACGGACACUGGAAGUACGUCUAGGCGGAGACCUCACGCGUGAUUCUAGGGUGAUGUUGCGACAGGUCCAGAACACAGCCAUUACCCUACGCAGAGAAGCUGAUGUCAAGAAGAGGAUCAAGGAGGCCAAGCAGCGAGCACUUAAAGUACCUAAGGAACUAAAUUUCGUUUUUGGGGUUAACAUUGAACACCGGGACCUGGAUGGUAUGUUCAUCUACAAUUGUAGCCGCCUGAUCAAGAUGUAUGAGAAAGUGGGCCCACAGCUAGAAGGGGGCAUGGCAUGUGGUGGAGUUGUUGGGGUUGUUGAUGUACCCUAUCUGGUCCUGGAGCCUACACACAAUAAACAGGACUUUGCUGAUGCCAAGGAGUACCGGCACCUGCUGCGGGCAAUGGGAGAGCACCUGGCACAGUACUGGAAGGACAUCGCCAUUGCCCAGCGGGGAAUCAUCAAGUUCUGGGAUGAGUUUGGCUACCUCUCUGCUAACUGGAACCAGCCCCCAUCCAGCGAGCUGCGCUAUAAACGCCGGAGGGCUAUGGAAAUCCCUACCACCAUUCAGUGUGAUUUGUGUCUGAAGUGGAGGACCCUCCCCUUCCAACUGAGUUCUGUGGAAAAAGAUUACCCUGACACUUGGGUUUGCUCCAUGAACCCUGAUCCUGAGCAGGACCGGUGUGAGGCUUCUGAACAGAAGCAGAAGGUUCCCCUGGGAACUUUCAGAAAAGACCUGAAGACACAGGAAGAGAAGCAGAAGCAGCUGACAGAGAAAAUUCGUCAGCAGCAGGAGAAACUGGAGGCUCUUCAGAAAACCACCCCCAUCCGCUCCCAGGCUGACCUGAAGAAAUUGCCCUUGGAAGUGACCACCAGGCCUGCCACUGAGGAACCCGCACGCAGACCUCAGCGCCCUCGUUCUCCCCCUUUACCUGCUGUGAUCAAGAAUGCCCCGAGCAGACCUCCUUCUCUACAGACUUCCAGACCAGCCAGCCAGACCCGAAAGGCUCCUGUCAUCAGCAGUACCCCAAAGCCUCCUGUUCUAGCAGUCCGGGAGGAGGCCAGUACAUCAAGGUUGCUCCAGCCCCCUGAAGCACCCCGAAGGCCUGUGAACACUUCAGUUAAGACUGCUCCUCGGCCCACCCCUGUGGUGCAGCCACUGUCAUCGUCUGUACUGCCCAACUCAAAGAGCCCUCGGGAGGCACCUGCCCCCAAAGCCAUUAAGACUCCAGUGGUCAAGAAGACAGAGCCACCAGUUAAACUCUCCCCGGCUACUCCUGGCCGGAAGCGGAGUUUCGGAGUCUCUGAUGAGGAAGAAGCCGAGGAAGAGGCAGAGAGGAAGAAGGAAAGGAGCAAACGGGGCAAAUUUGCUGUGAAGGAGGAAAAGAAGGACUCAAAUGAGCUCUCAGAUAGUGCUGGGGAAGAGGAUCCAACUGACCUCAAGAAGGCUCAAAAAGAUAAAGGCCUGCACGUGGAGGUACGUGUGAACAGGGAGUGGUACACGGGUCGUGUCACGGCUGUGGAGGUGGGCAAGCAUGUGGUGCGAUGGAAGGUGAAAUUUGACUACGUGCCCACAGACACGACACCACGAGACCGCUGGGUGGAGAAAGGCAGCGAGGAUGUGCGGUUGAUGAAGCCACCUUCUCCGGAGUAUCAGAGCCCUGACACACAGCAAGAGGGUGGGGAGGAAGCAGAAGCCGUGGUGGCCCCUCCGGACAUAGCCGUGGCAGAGCCCUCCACAUCUGACUGCAUCCGCAUCGAGCCUGACACCACUGCCCCGAACACCAACCAUGAGACCAUUGACCUGCUCGUCCAGAUCCUCCGGAAUUGUUUACGGUACUUCUUGCCUCCAAGUUUCCCUAUCUCCAAGAAGGAGCUGAGUGCUAUGAAUUCAGAUGAACUAAUAUCCUUUCCUCUGAAAGAGUACUUCAAGCAGUACGAAGUGGGGCUCCAAAAUCUGUGCCAUUCCUAUCAGAGCCGUGCCGACUCACGGGCCAAGGCCUCUGAGGAGAGCCUGCGCACCUCUGAGCGGAAGCUUCGUGAGACAGAGGAGAAGCUGCAGAAGCUGAGGACCAACAUCGUGGCACUCCUGCAAAAGGUGCAGGAGAUUCGGGGUGAACAGGCCAGGCCAGACAAGGUCCCUGCUGUCACAGCCCGACAGGCUGGUGGAGGAGACAGAAUGACUGCUGGUGGGAAGUACUACAAAGACAUAGACAUCAACACAGAUGACGAGCUGGAUGCCUACAUUGAGGACCUCAUCACCAAGGGGGACUGAGGGGCUGGGAGCUAGACAUCAGCUCCCCUACCCACUGCCCUCAGCGCAGCAGCUUCCAGGGAGGGAGGGGGUUCAUUCAUGGGUUGGUGGACUUACCUUGUUGACUCACAUGGGACAUUUGUGCUUUUUGAGAGAAAGUUACUCUUGAUUCUUAGAAUUUUCCUCCCUAAGUUUAUAAAUAUUUAUUUUUUAAAGAA